GCCGAGCCGGGAGCGUUAUGGCGGUCGUGCCUCAGCCGGUGCUGGCGCGGGCCUUGCUCCAGCAGUGCACGUCCGCCCGGCUGCAGGUGAAGCCGCCUGAACACGGCGCCGAGGCCGAAUGGGUGGAGGUAACGUCUGCACCGGCCCUUCAUCCCUCGGAGGAGAGGGGGAAACGGUGGCGGCUCGGGGCUGCGCUAGGCCAAGGCGGGCAGCAGCAAGGCGCUCCGUCGGCUGCACGACGAGCGCAUGGAUGGAGGCCGGGGGCGCCGGCCGUGGGGACGAUCCAGAGGGGGCUUGUUAUCUACAUAUGCUUCUUCAAAGGUGCAGAUGAGGAUCUUGUUCCAAAAAUCGCUCAUAUGCUGUUGAGUGUUAAAUUAAGUGAAAAUGAAAGCGGCGAGUACGUUUCUGUUCUUGAUUUACCAGGUGAUGUGCUUAUCAUACCACAAGCCACUCUAGGCGGUAAACUGAAGGGAAAGAAGAUGCAGUACCAUGCAAACAUUGAAAAACAAAAAGGUUUGGAACUUUACUCUCAGUUUGUGACUUUGUGUGAAAAAGAACUGUCUGCCAGCACCAGAUGUGCAGAGGCAGGUGUUCACGUCAAGCACGGCACAUAUGGAAACAGGCAGGUGUUAAAACUGGAUACAAACGGACCUUACACUCAUCUGAUUGAAUUUUGAAAGAAAUAAAUUAUGUCCUAGAUACAGUACUGGUUGGCAAAUGUUGUCUUCUUUUUUUUUUUUGUAAUAUCUGUAAUUU